AUGGCUUUCGUCCUUAGAAAUAUAAAAGCCCCUCUAUUCAGGGGUUAUGCGACGCUGGGUGCGCAAUCCACUAAGGCCCCGUCUGAAACUAGGAAACUGGAGCAGACACUUACCAAAUUCUGGGAAAAAGUGGACUUGGCAGAGAAAGACGAUGGGUACCAUAUCCUGCUCGACGGCAAGUCGAUCAAGACGCCGCUCGGUUUCCAAUUGACGGUCCCAAAAAAUAAGCACACUCUGGCGUAUUUGCUGGCCCACGAGUGGAAACAUCUGCCUAGUUUGCAGAUCAAACCAUAUUUGGUGCCACUUACUUCUCUGGUCUCGAGAUGCAUUGAUCUGGAACAGUCGCACAACAAACAAGAUGCAGAGCUGUUGACCAAAGUUGGCGACAAGGAGAACCUGAAAGCGCUUCUAUUGAGAUAUCUUGACACUGACACUCUUCUUGUGUUUUCUCCAGCCAAAGACUGCGACGGAAAGCUCAGAGAGGCCCAGGAACAGACGUACCGGCCAAUCAUCAAGUCGAUGGAGGAAUUUUUCCAGCCCUACGCGGAAAAUGGCGAGGAGGUCAAGCUGACCUACAUGGACUCGGACGUCCACGGACUCGUUGGCAAUAAACAGCCAGAGGCCACUGUGAAAGCAGUCCGCAAAUGGCUCGAUACUCUGGACUUCUGGUCGCUGGUUUCGCUUGAGAAGGCCACUCUGACUGCCAAAUCCUUCCUUAGUGGCGUGGCCAUCCUCAGACUCAACAACAAACAGGACCAAAUCGACCUGACCGUCGACGAUAUCGCCCGCGCUGCCACCUUGGAGACAAUUUAUCAGACGGAACGCUGGGGAGAGGUCGAGGAUACUCACGACGUGGACAAGGUUGAUGUCCAGAGAAACCUCACCAGCGCCUCGUUGAUCGUCUACGAGCAUUAA